AUUCAAUUAAAAAUGAUAAAAGCUCGACAAAGUGAAAAAUAAAUUUAACUCAAAUACAAUUGUCGACAUUUAGAUAAGAAAUCAUACGAACCUCGACAUUAAUGAGAGAGAGAGAGAGAGAGAGAUCUUAACCGAGCCACCUCUGAUAAGAUUGGAUCCCACUCCGCAGUAGAAUUUCUUCACAGUCCCACCAAUUUGUAUGCAUAUAUAUAUAACCCCUUUCCACCUCGUUGCAAUCUCUCCUUCAUCUCUGCUCUCUAGCUGGAAUUUCCUGCUCCCAUUCAGUAAUGUGAUCUGAAGCUAAGUGUGAAAUUUUAGUGUGAGAGUGUGAAAUCAAGGGGUGAUGGAGGGUUUUGAGAAACGACAAAUAAACCUUGGGUUAUGAGAAAUUCAUGAAAACUUGCCCCAGAAUUUAGCUGAAAGUGAGGGCUCUCUUGUUUCUAGCAAAGUUUGCAUCUUUUGAGGUAGUGAGUAAGAUGUCGAGGCCUCUUCACAGGGGUGUAUUGAGUGGCGGUGGGCGAGUCUCGGGGAAUAGUCAUGAUUAUUGGGAGGAUUCUCAGAAGAAAGAUAGGUUGGAGAAGGAAGAUGUGAAAAUUCAGCCAAAUGGAGCUGAUGCCACACACCAUUUGUCUUUGAAAAACCCUUUUCGCUUUCUUUUCACAAAUAAUCAUCCGUCUUCGACUCACAAUUUGGGGGAGCACGGCUUUGUAUCGGACCCCUUCAGUCCAGGGGUUGUUAGGAGUUGGCAGAAAGUGAUACUCUCCUUUAUCAAAUUCAGUUUAGUAGUCAUUGUGAUUCUUGCUCUGACUGGUUCAUACUGGUGGUCGCUUUCUAUAGCCUCAACAUCGAGAGGUCAAGUAUUCCAUGGAUAUAGGCGACUUCAAGAGCAGCUGGUCUCCGACAUGUAUGAAAUUGGGGAGCUUUCUCUUAGUUCUUCGAGGUUUAGGGAAUUAGAGUACUGUUCUCAGGAGUCGGAGAACUAUGUUCCGUGCUUCAAUGUCUCGGAGAAUCUUGCUUUGGGAUUCACUGGGGGCGAAGAAUAUGGCCGCCAUUGUGUGCACGGGUUGAAGCAUAACUGCUUGGUUCUUCCACCUGUGAACUAUAGGAUUCCUCUACGGUGGCCUGCUGGAAAAGAUAUAAUCUGGUUUGCGAAUGUUAAUAUUACAGCACAGGAGGUCCUGUCUUCUGGUAGUUUGACUAAGAGGAUGAUGAUGUUGGAUGAAGACCAGAUUUCCUUUCGUUCGGUGUCUUCUACCUUUGAUGUUGAAGAUUAUUCUCAUCAAAUUGCAGAAAUUAUUGGGCUUAGAAAUGAGUCCUCAUUUAUACAAGCUGGAGUCAGAACAAUCCUGGACAUAGAAUGUGGUUAUGGUAGUCUUGGGGCACGUUUAUCUUCGUACCAACUAUUAACCAUGUGUUUAGCAAACUAUGAGGCGUCAGGCAGUCAAGUUCAGCUAACUCUGGAAAGGGGUCUCCCAGCAAUGAUUGGUUCAUUUACGUCUAAGCAGCUCCCGUAUCCAUCUAUAUCGUUUGACAUGAUUCAUUGUGCAAGAUGUCGAGUUGAUUGGGACACUAAAGAUGGCAUAUAUUUGGUUGAGGUUGAUCGAUUGUUGCGGCCUGGUGGAUAUUUUGUGUGGACCGAUCCCAUUAUAAACUCUCAGCGUUCCUUACGCAACAAAGCCAACCUGAAAAAAUGGGAUACAGUGCGCCUGGCAGCAGAAAAUCUCUGCUGGGAUAUGCUCCCACAGCAAGACGAAACUGUUGUGUGGAAGAAAACUAGUAAGAAGAAUUGUUACUCCAAAAGGAAAAGUGGUUCCUUUUCUCUGUGUAGUAAGAGCCAUGAUAUAGAGACCCCGUAUUAUCGACCACUCCCAGCAUGCAUUGGAGGGACUCAAAAUCGCCGUUGGUUUCCCAUUGAAGAAAGGAGAAAAUGGCCUUCACAGGCGGCAUUGACCUCAGCUGAACUUGAACGUUAUGGCUAUAGCGCGGAAGAGUUUGCAGAGGAUUCUAUAAACUGGAAAUCCGCCGUCCAAGAUUUCUGGUCUCUGCUUUCACCGCUCAUAUUUUCAGAUCAUCCAAAGAGGCCUGGCGACGAAGAUCCUUCUCCGCCUUAUAACAUGCUGAGAAAUGUGCUGGACAUGAAUGCACAUUUGGGAGGAUUUAAUGCUGCCUUAUUAGAGACUAAGAAAUCUGUGUGGGUUAUGAACGUGGUUCCUACAAGCGGUCGUAACAGUCUCCCUUUAAUAGUCGACCGGGGCUUUAUUGGCGUGCUACAUAACUGGUGCGAACCGUUUCCAUCGUAUCCAAGGACGUAUGAUCUAGUUCACGCGGAAGGACUUCUCUCUCUUGAAUUUUCUGAGCAGCCAAAAUGCCAAAUGAUAGAUAUGUUUGCUGAGAUAGAUCGCUUACUUCGUCCAGAGGGAUGGUUGAUUCUGAGGGACACCACUCCUCUUAUUGAGUUUGCAAGAUCUCUAACAACGCAUCUGAAAUGGGAUGCACGAGUCGUGGAGAUCGAGAGCAACAGCAACGAGAGGCUCCUGAUCUGCCAGAAACCAUUCCUCAAGAGACAAGCCAGCUGAUUUCUGGGGGAAAACGUCGGGUAUCUCUACAUAUCAUAGACGAUAUUAUUCACAUUCAUUUCUUUACUGCAUCUACCUUCUUAAAGCUUCCAUAGAAAUGGUGGAAAGAAAGUUAACAUUGAACAGAAAGCUCGAUAGCACGGUGCAGAAACUGCAUGAUCACGUUAUUUUUGAUAGCUCUUAUGGAGCCGCAAGGCGUCCUUAAGACCGUGUAACUAGAGAUCGGAGACGAAGGGCAAUGUGGGAGAGAUAUAGGACUUAUAUACCCUUUUGAUGCCUCUUUUUGGGGACAUUUCCAUACAUAUAUAUACUCAACUGUGAUGAUGGAUUUAUAGAAGUAUACAAUAAACAAAAAUUGGUUUGCUUGUGUAUAGAUAUUCUUUGUUAACUUCUCUACUUGCUGCAUUUAAUGAGUGUUUGUUUGUUUUCAUAACA